AUGUUGCAGCACCUUUGCUGUCUGGCGCAGGUCUGCUUGGCCCUGGCAGUGCUGGAAGCGCCCGCUCGGCCUGGAGCCGAGAGGCCGCCCAGGCCCGCCACGGCCGCUCAGGCCCCGGACUGGCAAGGCUUCCUGGACCAGGCUUCCCUUGCCCGGCAGUCCUGUGUAGUGCUCUGUGGAGCGCGACCUGGUAAUGUUGGAUCCACACUUCGAGUCUGUGCACUUCUGGGUUUGCCUUUUCUCGUGGUCAUAGGCUUGUCGCGAGACAAAUGCAAAAAGGCCGUGGAGCUGUCACAACUCGGAGAGGAUCCAGGUGUUUCGCUGGUGAAGCCGCCGCUAAGCUUGGAAGUUCACGAGGUUCUACAACGACUUCGGGCUACCGGACUCAGCCUUCUCGGCCUGACAGCUCACAGUGCAGGAGGCAAAGCCAAGCCUGUAUGGAAUUUGAAAUUGACCUGUCCAGGUGUGGCCUUUGUUUUCGGGCGAGAGCACGACGGAAUUCCGCCGAAUGCAGAGAUGUUGCUAGAUGAGGCUGCCACAAUUCCCAUGGUCGUUGAUGGCGAGAAGGGAAGCCUCAACGUGUCCCAUGCGGCGGCGCUUGUGUUGUAUGAACGGCGGAGGAACUUUGCUGCGGCCGUAGACACCGGCAUGCCGCCGAAGAAAAAGGCCGCAGAUGAAGCUGGAGGCUCACCGCUUAAGAAAGCAAAGAAAGGGAAAGCCGCCGUCUGGGAGUGGAAGGAUGGAAGCUCCUGGAAAGCAUAUGCAGAUGAGGACGAUCGCCCAACAGCUUACUUGCUCGUGCCUGCACAUUUCGACGUGCCUGCGAAGCUCGAAGAGCCCACGCCGUGGCAAGCAGAAAGGAAGCACCCUGUUCUUUCAAAAUGCAGGGCCUGCUUCCAUCGACCCUGGCACUUUGUGGAUAUGUGUGUGUGUGUGUGUUUGUGUUUCUGCCGCCCCGGCCGCAGGAUUCACAACUGUCCGGAUCCCGGAGCCUGGGUCGAGCCUGGCAAAAUGAGACUUUUGCACACAUUCCGCAGCUGUUGA